AUGGGAGAAACCGAAGUUCGUAGUACGAAUGGUGCAGACCACGCCAGCUCCUCUUCGGACUCGUCGACCGUCGGCAAUCCGGACGACCAGCCUCCUAUAGCGGGUCUACCAGAAUUAGCCAUAGAGAAGCCAAUCUGCCCUCAUACGCUUUCCGCCCAGCGUGUUGCUGAGAGUCUCUCCAGCCACAUCGACCAUGGGUUAAGUAGUGAAGAGGCUGCCGCCCGCCUUGCCCGGGACGGCCCAAACUCCAUCAAAGGUGCCAAGGGACUCUCCCUCUGGGAGAUCUUCCUGGCCCAAGUCGCCAACGCCCUCACCGUUGUCCUUAUCGCCGUGGCAGUCCUUUCCUUUGCCAUUAACGACUACGUCGAGGGUGGCGUCGUAUGCGCUGUGAUUGUCCUCAACAUUGUUGUCGGACUGAUCCAGGAUUACCGUGCCGAGCAAACGAUCCAGUCCCUGUAUGCCCUGUCCACCCCCAAGUGCAAGGUUAUUCGCGAUGGUGUCAAUGAAACAGUAAAGGCCGAGACGCUCGUCAAGGGUGAUCUCGUCGUUCUCGCUACUGGAGAUGUCAUCCCUGCCGAUUUGCGUCUGAUCCAGGGUAUUAACCUGGCCACUGAUGAAGCCCUUCUCACUGGUGAAUCCAUUGCUAUCUCCAAGAAACCCGAGGCCGUCUUUACCGACGCCGACAUGCCCAUUGGUGAUCGCACCAACCUCUGCUACUCCGGUAGCUCUGUGACACGUGGUCGAGGAACUGGACUCGUCAUUUCCACCGGUAUGAAGACUGAAGUCGGCCAGAUUGCCGAGCUUCUUCGUAAGUCGAAGAAUGACAUGGAGGGCAAGACUGCCGUCCAGAAGUUCUUCCUUAAAGCUUAUCAGACGACCCGUGGUAUUCUUGGACUCGAGGGCACACCGCUCCAGGUCACCCUUAGCAAGUUUGCCCUGUUGCUAUUCGCCUUCGCCAUACUGCUCGCCAUUAUCGUAUUCUCCGCCAGCCUCUGGCAUGUGAGCAAUGAAGUCCUCCUGUACGGUAUCUGCGUCGGUGUCGCGGUUAUUCCCGAGUCACUGCUCGCAGUCUUGACUGUCACCAUGGCCGUCGCCACCAAGGCAAUGGUCAGGGGCAAUGUCAUUGUCCGUCAGAUGCCUUCGCUCGAAGCUGUCGGCGGUGUCACCAACAUCUGUUCCGACAAGACCGGUACUCUCACCCAGGGCCGCAUGAUCACCCGAAAGGUCUGGCUCCGAGGAAACUUGGAGGGAUCUGUCGAAGGAACUGCGGAUCCCUACGACCCAAGCAGUGGACAGGUUACAUGGUCAGCCCCUCUGGCCGGAAGCUGCCUCAGCCGCUUCCUCAACUGCCUGGUCCUCUGCAACAAUGCUGUCGUCUCGGACGGCCGCAAGGAGCCGGAAACGGACUCCUCUAGCGUCACCACUGCUGCGGAUGGUACUGCCCAGUGGAAAGCAACUGGCGAGCCUACGGAAAUUGCGCUCAAGGUGUUCGCGAUGCGAUUCGGUCAGACCGCUGGUUCCGAUGAGCUGAUCACCGAACACCCCUUCGACUCCUCAUGCAAGUUGAUGAGCGUUGUCUAUGGCAGCCGGAUCGAGAAAACUCGCAAGGUUUACACCAAGGGUGCUGUGGAAGUCAUGAUGAAGAUCCUCAACGAAAGCGAGGAAUUUAAGAACGAUAUCCUUGCCAAAGCCGAUGAACUCGCCGGACAGGGUCUUCGAGUUUUGUGCAUUGCCACCAAGUCCAUGGACGAUUCCGAAGAGGUCAAUGAACGCUCCAAGGUCGAGUGUGACCUCGAAUUUCUCGGUCUCGCUGGACUCUACGAUCCACCCCGACAGGAAACUGCGGGUGCUGUCAUCCAGUGCCGACAGGCCGGUAUUACCGUCCACAUGGUCACUGGUGACCACAUCAAGACGGCCACCUCGAUCGCCUACGAGGUCGGCAUCUUGGACAAAUCUGCGGUCCUCCCACCAAACGCCGUGAUGGCCGCAGCGGAUUUUGGAAACAUGUCCGAUGAGCAGAUUGAUGCUCUUGAGAGUCUCCCCGUCGUCCUUGCCCGAUGCAGUCCGUUGACCAAGGUUCGCAUGAUAAAAGCACUCCACCGUCGCAAGGCCUUCUGUAUCAUGACUGGUGAUGGUGUCAACGACUCGCCUGCCCUGAAGCAGGCCGAUGUUGGUAUUGCAAUGGGCGACCGAGGUUCCGAUGUCGCUAAAGAGGCUUCCGACAUGGUCCUCACGGACGACAACUUUGCCUCCAUUGUCACUGGUAUCAAGGAGGGUCGCAGACUGUCCGACAACAUCCAGAAGUUCCUUCUGCACUUGUUGACCUCCAACUUGGCUCAGGUUGUUCUCCUUCUGAUUGGUCUUGCGUUCAAGGACACAUCAAACAACUCGGUUUUCCCCUUGUCUCCCCUGGAAAUUCUCUGGGCCAACCUCAUCACGUCUUCUCCGUUGGCUCUCGGUCUUGGUCUCGAGGAAGCUCAGCCAGAUAUCCUCAAGCGCCCUCCUCGCAGUCUCCGCACUGGUGUUUUUACCAAGGAUCUGGUCCGUGACCAAAUGGUCUACGGUACCUGCAUGGGUGCUAUGUGCUUGAUGACUUUCAUGCUCACAGCUUACGCUUCUUCCGGCAAUGGAUUUCACGACCUUCCCCACGGCUGCAACGAGUCUGGGGAUAACGGGUGUGACGGCGUCUACCGCGCUCGUGCUGCCACCUUCUCGACCCUGAGCUUCCUCCUCCUCGUUACGUCGUGGGAAGUCAAGCACUUCCACCGCAGUCUCUUCAACAUGGACCCGCGCUGGCCCGGUCCUCUUUCGGUCUUCAAGACCAUCUACCACAACAAGUUCCUGUUUUGGUCUGUGGUGUGUGGCUUCCUGGCCACAUUCCCUGUCGUCUACAUCCCAUACCUGAACACUCGGGUCUUCAAGCACCUCGGUCUCACCUGGGAGUGGGGCGUUGUCGCUGGCGCCGUCGUUUUGUACCUCGUCUUGAUCGAGUCCUGGAAGGCUCUCAAGCGGGCUUUCGGCUGGGGUGUGGACAGACACCCAGUUCUCACCGCUGCUGCUGAGGUCUAA